GAGAGAAGGCUGCACAUGCACUGACACACGAGACCGCUCGCUUAUAUUUUGGGCAGGACCGUCAUGUUAUAGUUACAUGUUAAUUUUACAGUCAACCCCUCCGUCGCGCUCGCGCACUCACGCACGCACGCGGUAAGCCCAGGCUUUAUAAACACGCCGCUGCCACUUAGUUGCUCAGUGUUUCCACUGAUCCCACAUCAGUGCAGCGGCUCAGAGAAGAUGGCACUGGCCGACACAGAGCGCGGAGUGUCCAGCUGCGGCGGUGACUCCCCGUUCUCAGAGAUCAUCGAGCUGAAUGUCGGCGGACAGGUUUAUGUCACCAGGCACAAAACUCUCAUCGCAGUCCCAGACUCGCUGCUGUGGACCAUGUUCAGCAAGAAGUCACCCAAGGAGUUGGCGAGAGACAGCAAAGGGCGCUUCUUCUUGGAUAGAGAUGGGUUCCUGUUCCGCUACAUCCUAGAUUACCUCCGGGACCUGAACUUGGUGCUGCCGGACUACUUCCCCGAGAAAAGUCGGCUGCAGAGGGAGGCUGACUUUUUCCAGCUGCGGGACCUCGCCAAGCGCCUCAGCCCCCGGGUGAGUAAGGACAACUCAAUCAGCGAGGAGAUCAGCCAGAGCGACACUGAGGAGGGCGCGCAGCAGUGCGGCUCAUCCGGCGGCAUGGAGACUUUACGCGCCAUGUCGGUCAGCGGGGCCAUGCGCUCCCCGUCCCUGGACUCCAGGAAGUCGGGCUAUAUCACGAUAGGAUACCGCGGCUCGUACACCAUUGGCAGGGACAUCCAAACCGACGCCAAGUUCAGGAGAGUGGCGCGCAUCACGGUUUGCGGGAAGACGUCUCUGGCCAAAGAGGUGUUUGGGGACACGCUGAAUGAGAGCAGGGACCCGGACAGGCCCCCGGAGAGAUACACAUCCCGGUACUAUCUCAAGUAUAAUUUUCUAGAGCAGGCGUUUGACAAGCUGACAGAGGUGGGCUUCCACAUGGUGGCCUGCAGCUCCACAGGCACCUGCGCCUACACCAGCAAUGAUCCAAACGAGGACAAAAUCUGGACAAGCUACACUGAAUAUGUCUUCUGUCGGGAUUAACAGCAGCAGCAAACAUGUCGAGUUGAUGUACAUAGACAUUUCAUAACCUAGAGGGGAAUGUCUUUACAUAGUCUUGCAUUUGCUGUGUUGAAUGGUGAAAUUUGUCAAGGGCGACUGCAAAAAUAUUGCUCCAUUAUUCUAAGAAUAGCCAGUAUUACCACUUCUGUGGUCAAAUCAGAGACAAAACAUUCCUAAAAAGAUUCAUGGAAAUUUGGAUGUUCAAAGUGAGCCGAGCAUUGUUAGAGUUUGACACACCCAUGCUAAAAAACACCCAACAAAAUGCCAUCAUCUCCACUUCACAGAACUGCAUAUCAAUGUUUCAGUCACAUCUGACUCAGUGCUGUGUGAAUUGAGCGGCAUCCAAGAACAGAGAAGCAGCAAUUAGUAUUCAGUGUCAUUGUAACUUCUAGGCUUGCUUGAUCACGUUUUGGCCAAGUUUUGUAUUAUCUAAUAGGGUCUUCUUAUACAUAGCAGUUCCAUCGCUGACAUGACUGUAAGUGUAUGUGCUUGCUUGGUAGAGUUGUGCUUGUUAAACCUGUUCAGAUGAAAUAAAAUCUUACACUCGGCUCUUCUCAGCCCCCUUUUGCCAAUCAUAUCGUCUUCUUGAAACGUCUCUGCACAGAAUGACAAAAGUGCUGGCAUUUAUCUCCCUCCAACCUUUUCAACUUUACUCAGUGGAGAAUCAAAGAGUCAGCCUCAAAGAGAGAUGCCCUACCCAGGGACGUCAGCGCGUCAUGGCACUGAAGCUGCCAGCUCAACAAAAUCUGUCACACGGUUUUAACCCCAGAAGAAGCUGCACAGAGCUGAAAUGUGAUCAGCAGCAAGGAUGACUUAGAAAAUCCUGACAGGAACUUUCCUUUGCUCUGACUUCAUCUAUCACAUUGUAUCUAUUUUCUCUUCGGCUCAGCCCUGUUAUUAAAUCACCCAAGCAGAAAACCUCCACAUCUGAAUAUAGUUUGCAUGUAAAUACUGGAGGAGGAACCGUGUCCACCUAUUUAUUUUGUCACACACAUUCAGUCGAACGCCAUGUGGAUGCAAAUAGUGCAGCUGCACACACAUGAUGUCAUUAUCAUUUCAAGUGUAAAUAAUGAAAGG